AAGUCAGAUGAUUUAUAACCAAAUAAUCUUUUCUGUUAAAUUGUAUGUUUUAUGAUGUCAUUGCAGGCAAAUCAUGAAUAUCAAAGGUGUAAUUCGGUCCUUUCUUUUUCUUUAGUUACCCGGAUUCAAGAUGAAUAGCGAGCAAGUUACCCUGGUGGGUCAAGUUUUUGAGUCGUAUGUUUCAGAAUACCAUAAGAAUGAUAUUCUUCUAAUCUUGAAGGAAAAGGAUGAAGAUGCUCAUUACCCAGUUGUGGUUAAUGCCAUGACCCUUUUUGAAACCAACAUGGAAAUUGGGGAAUAUUUCAACGUGUUCCCCAAUGAAGUACUAACUAUUUUCGAUAGUGCAUUGCGAAGGUCAGCCUUGACAAUUCUGCAGUCUCUGUCUCAGCCUGAGGAUGUCUCUAUGAAGCAGAAUCUUCAUGCCAGGAUAUCAGGUUUGCCUGUUUGUCCUGAGCUGGUAAGGGAGCACAUCCCUAAAACCAAGGAUGUGGGACACUUUUUAUCUGUCACCGGGACAGUGAUUCGAACAAGUCUUGUGAAGGUCCUGGAGUUUGAGCGGGAUUACAUGUGUAACAAAUGCAAGCAUGUAUUUGUGGUCAAGGCUGACUUUGAACAGUAUCACACCUUCUGUAGGCCAUCCUCAUGUCCCAGCUUGGAGAGCUGUGAUUCCUCAAAAUUCACUUGCCUCUCAGGCUUGUCUUCAUCUCCAACCAGGUGUAGAGAUUAUCAGGAAAUCAAAAUUCAGGAACAGGUCCAAAGGCUAUCUGUUGGAAGUAUUCCACGAUCUAUGAAGGUUAUCCUGGAAGAUGACUUAGUAGACAGUUGCAAAUCUGGCGAUGACCUCACUAUUUAUGGGGUCGUAAUGCAACGGUGGAAGCCCUUUCAGCAAGAUGUGCGUUGUGAAGUGGAGAUAGUCCUGAAGGCCAAUUAUGUCCAAGUAAAUAAUGAGCAGUCCACAGGGAUCAUCAUGGAUGAGGAGGUCCGAAAGGAAUUUGAAGAUUUUUGGAAAAAAUAUAAGAGCGAUCCCUUUGCAGGAAGGAAUGAAAUAUUGGCCAGCUUGUGCCCCCAAGUUUUUGGGAUGUAUUUAGUAAAGCUUGCUGUAGCCAUGGUGCUAGCUGGUGGGAUUCAAAGGACUGAUGCUACAGGAACACGUGUUAGAGGCGAAUCACAUCUUUUAUUGGUUGGGGAUCCUGGCACAGGGAAAUCUCAAUUCCUCAAAUAUGCAGCUAAGAUUACACCAAGAUCGGUGCUAACCACAGGAAUUGGAUCUACAAGUGCAGGUCUGACAGUAACUGCUGUGAAGGACUCAGGAGAAUGGAAUUUGGAGGCUGGGGCAUUAGUACUUGCAGAUUCGGGUCUUUGCUGUAUCGAUGAGUUCAAUAGCCUCAAGGAGCAUGAUAGAACGAGUAUCCAUGAAGCAAUGGAACAACAAACCAUAAGUGUUGCUAAGGCUGGCCUCGUGUGCAAGCUGAACACAAGGACCACCAUACUGGCAGCAACUAACCCCAAAAGCCAGUAUGACCCCAACGAGUCUGUGUCUGUGAACAUCGCUCUUGGUAGCCCACUCUUAAGCCGAUUUGACCUGAUUCUGGUUUUGCUUGAUACCAAGAAUGAAGACUGGGAUCAUAUAAUUUCCUCCUUUAUCUUAGAAAAUAAAGGUUACCCAAGCAAAUCAGAGAAGCUCUGGAGCAUGGAGAAAAUGAAAACUUACUUCUGCCUCGUUAGGAAUCUACAGCCCACACUGUCUGACGUGGGUAAUCAAGUUCUUCUCCGGUACUACCAGAUGCAACGGCAGAGUGAUUCCCGGAACGCGGCCCGGACAACCAUCCGCCUGUUGGAAAGCUUGAUACGAUUAGCAGAAGCUCAUGCUCGUCUGAUGUUUCGUGACACCGUGACUCUGGAAGAUGCUAUUACAGUGGUGUCAGUGAUGGAGUCCUCAAUGCAGGGAGGCGCACUGCUAGGAGGUGUGAAUGCACUCCAUACUUCCUUUCCUGAAAACCCUUUGGAGCAGUACCAGAGGCAAUGUGAACUUAUUCUGGAAAAGCUAGAGCUGCAGAGCCUCUUGAGUGAAGAACUAAGAAGACUUGAAAGGUUACAGAAUCAGAGUGUCCACCAAUUCCAGCCGCAGCUAGGAGAGGCAGAGACUCCUCCAGCAUCCUUGAGAAAUGAUCCAGGGGAAGAAUCAAAGUUCAAAACUUCCACACCGCAGGAAAUAAAUUGUAACAUGCAUACCUCCUCUCCUGGAGGCAGUCCUGGGGGAAGCCCACUUCUAAAUCCCCCAUCCCAUCUGGGGCCUAAUAGAUCAACAAGUAGAAAACAUUCAGCUGAGCCCCCGAAUAACAGAGAUAACAGUUUAGACUGGUUUGACUCCAUGGCAACUCCUGAGGUUGAGCCUAAAAACACUGUUUAUGUGUCUCCCAGUUCCAAAACAACUGACAAAGAAAUGGCUUUGAAAAUCUGCAACAGCAAAUCUAAGGGUAAGGAAAAGAGUAGGCCAGGCCAAGGCAGCAAAUCGGAAGCUGGACAGCUUCCAGCACCAGGAGAGACAGAUGCUCCAUUGAGGCCACACAAGACUUUUCAUGUUGAGGGUAAAACAAAAAAGUCAGCAACGGUUUCCGAAGUAGCAGUACCUGCUGAUGAGCCAGCCUCCAUGCUAACUCAUCAUGUCCCUAGGAAACUGCACAAGCUGCGCAAGGAGAAGGCCCAGGAGCUCUGCCAAAAUCCUGCCAGGGAGACUUCGCAGCCCUUAAGCCCAUCUCAUCCUCAGUCCAUCCCCAUAUAUAGCCCAGAAAGAACACUGGAAACUCCCAAAAGAAAGAGACAGAAAUCCGUUGCUCAAGUGGAAGAGCCCGAACUUGAAGGUGUUGAGAGUCCCCCUGUGGCCAAGCUGGCAAAAUUUACUUUCAAGCGGAAGUCAAAACUGAUCCACUCCCCUCACGACCACAGCCAUGUGUCUCAUGGCACAACUAAAAUGGCAGUUCAUAGUCCUAAAAUGUCCCAACUUAGAACAAGAAGAAAAGCAGCUCUGCCUUGGAAAGACCCAGAAAAGUUGAGAUCUAUCCCAGGGAACAGAAGCUCAGGUCAGCUGCAGAGUAUGGCAAAGGAGGUGUCACAGCAGCCACCAAAGACAGAAGGAUCAAGAGAGAAGACGGAAUGUGCCCCUGAAAAGAGAGUUAUUCAGCCUGAGCUUGGGAACCAGACUGGGCAUUCUCAUCUUAGUGAGAGAGAGAAAAAAGAGGACUCAUACACUGAUAAAAGCAGCAAGGUUCAUGCUUGUACAUUAGCCAAAUUGGCAAACUUCUCCUUCACUUCCCCCUCUGAAUCCAAAUCAGAACCCCCUCCUCCUCCCCCUGAAAGUAAGAACUGGAUUGAGAGUGGCCCAAGGCCUCCUCCUAUAACCACAGCCACAAUGCUUGGCAGUAAAAGGAAAACUUUUCAGUUAGAGGGAUCCACUGAAAAACUGAUUACUUCCAGAAAGUCUCUCUUUACUUUACCAGAACUAGAUGAUGAAGCAUUAGAUUUUGACUGGGAUGAAGAGGUAAGAAAAAAGCUAUAAUCAUAAAAAGCUCUCUGGUCAAAUUUCAACCUCUCCAACUCAACACAGCACCUUUAGGAUAUCAGUGUGGUGUUACAGAUGUUCCGAACUCUUGGCCAUAUUGAGUACCAUUCUGAACACAGCUUCCCCCAUCAGGUUUUAUAAUUUCUGUUGUAUUUCAGGUGUAUCUUCAUGACUUUAAAGUUGUACAAUCACUGUAGUUCGUUGUGAUACCAGCGCUUAAGUUGAAUUAGUUGACUUUGUGCUUAGUUUUGCAAGUGGAGUGUUUGGAUUCCCAAAGAUGUUUCUUUUUGCUUAUUAGUUUGUUUUGGGAAGGGCUGUCUUCCCUGGAUUCCUUAUUCAAUCAGGAACAAAUGCCACUCGUAAAGCUAACAAGACAGAUGAGCUUUUUCUAUUUUUUCUUUUGUGUUUUCACCUAGGAUGUGCUGAGUACAGUAAAUAUUAUAAUUUGGGAUGAUUUGCCAAACUUAUGUGAUUUUUCUAGUAUUAUUUUGUAUUUUUUCUCGUGCAUCAGAUUAAAUGUGACCAAAUGCUUUUCUUUCUUUGGUAGGCAUCCUCACAAUUCAUGGUAAUCCCAAAGAUCUGGUCGAAUAGUAGAUUUGUGAAGUACUAAGCUUUUAAGUUCUCCUUUCUUUCUGGAGCCCACAUUAUGUGCUUCAGAUUUUUUUUUCUCUCGGGACCUGCCUUCAAUACAACUUAAAUCCUGUGGUUGGAAGGAGAGAGAGUGUGCAGUAGUCUCAAUCAUACAUCAUAUUGCAUCUACCCAGAUGGUUAACAUGGAAAUGUGAUUCCUGCUAAGUUAUGAUUUAUUUUUCUUUAAAACCAAGCAUUUAUCAAGCAUAUUAAUGUGUUGGUAGGAAUAGAAAACUCAAGCUUUGUCUUACAUGCUUUGAAAAUCACGUCUUCGUUUGUAUUCUAGCGGGAGUUAUUAGGAUUCCAUAAUUACAGACUUUCCCUUCUGAAGUAUGAAUUUGUGAUAUAAUGAUUGAUAGAUUCUUUGUCUUAAGGGACUUUUGGACAUGAAGAAUAUUCACGACUUUGUUUAAUGUUCACUUCAUUAAAUUCAUACAGAAGAAACAAAUUUAGGAAACCAAUUUUUCUUGAGCAUUUAAAUAUUAAUCCCAAAACUGAAGAAUGUAAAUAGUGAGUACAAAUUUAGUAUAGAUAAGCCUUUUAAAGUCUUCAAACACCUUAAACAGCUGAGAAAGUAUAUAUAUAAGCAGUGAUUAUAAAAUUUAUCAUUGUAUAUUCACUUAAACCUAUUCUAAAACAUCAAGACUAUGGGUUUAAGUAAUUUCUUCUUUAUCUCUGUAUUUGUUUAAUAACUUAAUAGUGUGUAAUUUGAUAUUUUUCUAAUCUUCCAGUAUUAGGACUUUGAUUCCUUUCUAGGGCUUCAGUACUCUUACUUAGAACUAAAGGAAAAAGAAAGGAUCUAGGUAGUUGACCAGUUUUGUUCUGGUCAUGGUCUAAUUGUGUAAACUAGGUAAUUCAAACCUGAGCCACAGUGAUGAGCUGACUUAUUUUUUAUGGUAAACGUUUUUAAGUCUCUUUCUUUAUGAAGUUUUGUCUUUGAAACUUGGUAUCUUUUGCAGUAAUGAUAUAUUAAGCUUUGCAUGGCUGAUAGUACCUAACUUACUGGCUUGUUAUUAGGGUAUUGUGACCUUUUCUGUUAUCAUCAUUAAAAAUGCUUUUAUUUCUUAUUGGGAAUCAUGAUUCUAGAUGUUUUGUUUCCUGAUGAGGGAUUUCCUUUUUGUAGUUAACUUGCAUCUUUAAGACAUUGAGGUAAUUCAUACUUUAAAAUACAGUAUUGAAUGUCUCUCUUACCUGGUCGUUGUGUAUAACCACCUAUGCUACUUUCUACCAUCUUAUUAUUUGUGCUCAUCAAUCCAUUCUAUUCUUGAUUUUACUACCUUCGUCUGCUAGGUUCAUUUAGCCUAAUAACAGUUCCAAGUGUUUAUUCUUUGGCACUUACCCAGGUAGAAAUAAGAACAUAUCUAAAUAUUAUAAGCAGACAUGUAAUUAUUAGAAGAAAUAACAUACCCAAUAUAAACACUCCCCUACUUCUUAAAAAAAAUAAACUAUCACAUUUAUCCUGCUUUUGCAUUAUGACUACCUUGCUGUGCUUGUAUUUGAUACUCAGAGUCUCACAACUUGGUCAGUGAGAAGUCCCUUUAUGUUGACUCCAAUGUCCUUUUAACACUUUUGAUAUUUCUAAAAGCAUCCAUGCUAUCUGGAAACUGCAGAAUGUACCAGACUCAUUUUGAGUUUUUCCUGCUCCAUGUCAUAGAAUCAGCUAUCCUCAAGAAUAUUGUAAGGCCAGUUGUAUUGAGAGAUCAAACUCUGGGUCUCAGGGGGUACAUAUGAGAGUUAGUAGUGGACAAAAGUAUGGCCACCAUUGUUGGGUCACUUUCAGUAGUUUCAGAGCUGGAAAAUGUUUUAAUGUCAUGAGAUCACAUUUUAUCCUUCUGUGUCCUACUUUUGUUAUAGUAUGUGAGUUUAAUGUGUAUACCAAGGAAGCACAUAGAUGUCUGAGGGGAAAUUUGUAUAGCUCAAAAGAUCAUAUUUCUGGUUAAUAAAAAUAGUGCAAAAAAUAACCUAUAAUUCUGAAUGAACUUGUCAGAAUAUUUUUAUUUCAGCCCAGUGGACUCCUUGAAAAACAUUUAAACGAUGUAAAAUUAUUUAAACACAAUAAAAGCUAUACUUAAUUUUCUUUCUGAGAGGACCAAACCAGAAUUUAACUUCUGUUAUAACUGCAUAAAGAAUUGAGUUUUCUAACACUGUAAAAGAUCUAAUUUUACGUGUAUAUUUAUGUAGCAUUCUAAAAUUUAUAAUUGGAGAGAUCUUAUCAUUGUAAUUUUCAGUGUCUCUUAGAAAUACAGGCAAAACAAGCAUAUUAUUCUAAGAUCUUUACCUCUUUUUGGCUGCAUUCAACCAAACUGUUACAUGGCAUAAGCUUUUUCGGAAGGUAUGUCAAAACAUCAGUAGAGAUCCAUUCUUAGUUGACAAAUUUCAGUUCUAAUAAACCUACGUUAUUUCUUUAAGUGUAUAUUGUAGUUAAUUUCUGUGCCUUCUUAAAGUGCAAAGCCUUCUGCCUAACUGGUAGAAUUUCUGGAAGACCAAUUCUAGAGAAAAAUCUUAGGCCAACCACAAAGAGGAUCCCUUGAUCUCACCUUUAGCUAAUCCACAACGUUUGGGAGUUUGGAACCAACCUACCCUGAAAGUUCGGACACCAGAAACUUCCCAGGACCAGGUUAAUUUUCCAGAUGCAGUUUGUCAGACAGCCUAGUUCCAAACCAAAUAGACUCAUAAUGUGUCAAGCUAGGCCAGCUCAUGUUCUUCAAUAUUCAGAAUAAUAUUUCUCAGUCUGCCUUCCAUAUUGUAUAUGUGCAUGAAAGAUAAAAGAAGGCUCCUGGUUCAUAUUAGUACUCAUUCCAAUUGGGGUUUUGUUGUCUGUGUCCCAUCGUGCAGGUGCCAUACCCCCCCGCACCACCACCAAAGCUCUUUGCUAUCAGAGGACAUAUACAGGAAGCUCUGGCAACUGUCCCUUAUGACACUCUUCAGUUCUUAUAGAUAUAAGUUCUUAUAGAUAUCAGGUCCAUUGUAAACCCUCUUCUUUAAAGACUUCAAAAUGCAUCUAAAGUUAAUAUUUGUAAAAGUGAACUUGACAGGUUAAACUAGGCUUAAAUAAACUGUUGAUGUAUCUAUGUAAAUACUGUGGUACAAGAUAUAGUCCAAGGGGGGAAAUAGGAUAUCCACACAUGACCUUUAUGAUCUCAUCAAGUAGGAAAUUAUUUAUGUUGUGAAUACAAAUGGUUUUUAGGCCACUCUUUUUUACAAUUAGUUGCAACCUUAAUGCCUUGGCAGAGCUGAACCACAGAAAGCAAGCAUUACGUCAGGUACAUUAUUACAUGGGGACAAACUUGGUUUAACUUUCAUAAUAAACCAAGCCACUGUUGAAAUACUGCUUAAUAUUUCAGACCUGACUUUUUCAGUGCCCAUUGAAACGCAGAGGUACAGGGUGUAGUGUAAUCAGGCAAAUUGUGUUCUAAAAAUGAAUGACCACUAGCUAGUGGUGUGACCUCUCUGUCUUCCGUGAUCUCAUCUAUAAAAGCAGAGGAUUGGGCUAGUAUCUGAGUCAUAUUGUUGAGUUACAAGCAGGGCUUCAAACCGCUUCGUUCCAGUUUAAACCCCUGCUGAGAAUUUGUAUUUCCACCCCAGAUAUACUGAAUCAGAAUCUACACUUUAAUAAUUAGUAUAUCUGGAGUGGAAAGGCAAAUUCUCAGCAGGGGUUCAAACCAGAAUGAACCAGUUUGAAGCCCUGGUUACAAGAAAGGAAAACCUCAGAAGCUAGGUGAAAUGAAAGUAGGUUUACUGUAAGGAUACAGUAAGGAGUCUCAUUAAGGACAGGAAACAAAACUGGAGAGUCAGGAACUGAAUCUGGUUCCUCAGCCUCUCCUGGGUCUUCAAGGUCUCUCUUGGCUGCUACUCCAUGAAUGUGCUGCAGCCUAAUGCCCUCUCCUCAGCCCUGCUUUCUGUGCUUACACAAAGGCUUCUCUGCUCUUGGUACCUUGUAGCUUUUGAUCUGCUUUGGGGCCUAUUCCCGCUUUAAUUUUCUCUGGCCUUUCCAGAUGAUGCGUUCACAUUCAUCUUACUGACUUGGGCUCUGUGUUUUUUAUUUCAGAUUCUUGAUUUGUUCACCUGGGUUCAGGAGGGAGUGAGUGUGAUGGGCCAAGUGACCACCUGGUACAAACAGCAGCCAGGUCUGUGGGUGGAGACAGAUUCUCUAAGGUGGGGGCAUGAGAGGCAGUGAUUGGCCCAUAUACCACACCCUGUAUCUAAAGGGUUUUGGGUAAUAGUCAGUAAUUCUACAACCUCUGUUGUUUUUAUUACAUUUACUGAGUUGAGAGAGCAUGUCUUAUGAACUUGGAUCAUUGUUCCCAAGGGAGCCUGUAAAUUUUUAACCCGACAGCAACUAGGUGUUUUUCAGGGAUUUGGCAGUGUUAUAAGUGCAGCCUAUGCUACAAGCUACCAGGCGAGCUGUUUAUUGUGUGAAUUUGGUUAUCAAGCUUCCUUUUUCCUGGGCAUAAGUUGCUCAUCACGAGUACAUCAUAGCUCUUAAAUACUCAGAGGAAAGCCAAAGUAGAUGGGAGUAUGUGGAGGGUAUUGCACUGAAAUAUACAUUAGGAAUAAUCUCUGCAGAUGUAUUACAUCAUUUUCCAGAUUUUCAACUUUACAAUUGCCAACAAAGCAGGGCAAUCCUCUAUGAGGAGAGGGAAAGACUUCAGUGUUUUCGGCCAACUUUAAUCGUUUUUAGAAUUAAAAAGAAAUGAUAGCCCAGAAUCAUUUUAAUGGCAUAUUGCUCUUCAAUGAUUGAUUGUAUUUUAUCAUUGUUGGGAAGUUAAACUGCUAAUGAAUUUUUUUAAGAAGAGGGACUAAGACUGCCUUGGGGGAGCUAAUGUCUAACACCUUUGAGUUGCUGCCUUUGAAGGAACUCAAAGUGAAUGUGGAAUGGUGCUGUUGCCUGGGGCACAGUACAUCCCUGAGGAGACCUGUUGUGUGUAGACCUUGCCCCUAAGAACUAGUAAAGGCAGAAAAAAUGAAGUAUCUGUACAGCAUAAUCCUUCCCUGAAGAGAAGGUACCUGCUAGACUUGUCCAACUUUUUUUUUCUCCUCAAUAUCAUUACUUGUUUGUGAAGAUUACAGAAAAAAUGACAUUUUAAUUUCACUAUAAUCUGAUGUGUGGAUAUGAUAAGAACAUAGUUUUCUCUAAAAAUGUUAAAAUAAACUGAGCUUCAAGACACUUUGAACAAAACUUUAAUUCAUAGCAAAUGUGAAAUUUUUCUAAAUUGAUUUUAAGUACUUAUUUACCCUGAUGAAAUUUUAAUUACAAUUACAACAUAGUAUUAGUACUUAAGGAUUUCAAAAGGUAUUUAAUACAUGACAUUUGAUCAUCACA